CACUGCCUAUCUCGAUCUCACGGUAAAAGAAACUAGAGUAGAACCCCCCCAGGCGCACGCCCUCACCGCCGCCGCCGCAAGACCACGACCUUGCCGUUGUUUUAGCCUCCGCCACCGCAGAGCCGGUUGCCCUCUCGAGGCCGACGACCAUGUCGAGUGGUCUGGACAUGUCCCUGGACGACCUCAUCAAGCAAUCCAAGUCCAAGCCCAAAGCCAGCUCCGCCUUCUCGUCCGGGCCCACCCGCCGCGCGCCGCCGCCGGCCCGGGCUAUGCCUUACCCACCGGUCGCCCCCAAGGCCGCCGCCGCCGCAGACUCGCCGUACGGGGUCUACUCCGAGCACGUUGCCGCCAUGGCGGCCUCCUCACCGCCAUCUGUUCUGGCCGCGCCACGGGUACUCGAAACGGGGACGAAGCUGCACAUCUCCAACCUCAAACCCAGCGUCACCGUCGAGGACGUUCAGGAACUCUUCUCAGAGGUUGGUGAGCUCAAGCGUUAUUCUGUUAACUAUGAUAAAGAUGGGAAAUCACAGGGGAGUGCGGAAGUUGUCUUUGCAAGAAAAGUGGAUGCUUUGGAUGCUAUUGAGAGAUACAAUGGUGUUCUACUUGAUGGGAAGCCAAUGGAGAUAGAGCUCGUUGGAAGCAAGUCCGAGCCACCCUCAACAGCACCUUUGAAGUACAAUCGUGCUUUUCCUAACUAUAAUGCAAUUCCAAACAGCGUGCCUCAAAGAGGUGGCCCGAGAGGACAAUAUCACGGUAAUGGUCGUCCUGGAGGCAGUGGUGGCCAAAGAGGAAUUCAUCCAGGCAACGGUCGUCCUGGAAACACUGGCCAGGGAGGUGGUGGCCGGGGGCAGGCUAGAGCGCGAGGGCAUGAUCGGAACCGUGUGCAGGCAUCUGCUGCAGAUCUUGAUGCUGAGCUGGAGAAGUAUCAUGCAGCAGCAGGGAAGCAGAAAUGAGGUUCUGAUGUUAUACUGGUGGGAUGGUGCUGAAACAGCAAGUCAUUGAUCUAUAGGUGUGAGAUUGUUAUUUUGCUAGUUUUUGCUGUUAGUCUUCAGGUACCAUGCUAAGAACAGUUGGAAAGUAUCAAAAAACAUUUUCGUCUGCUUUACUUUCCCUAUAAUCCUAGUGCUGGAUAUGUUCAAACUA